GCUAGCGAGCAGUAGCUAAAGAGAAUUGUGCGCAUCGAAAGCGUUGGACUUGUACAAAAAUACAUACAUACACACGUACAUAUGCAUCUACAAACAAAUGUUUUUCUCUCUUUCGCUCGCAUACGCAGUCACAGUUGAUCGCUUGCGCCACUACGCUCAUUCACUGACUUACCGCGCCGACCACCCCAAACGCACACUCUCACUCAAGCACCCACAGCCAAGUAGACGACCGACUUAACGCUAGCCAAAAGAGACCUGAUGAAUUAAGAGAGAUACAAAUCAUUUAUACUACAAUUCACAUCCGCCUUUUCAUAUUAUUUGACUGGUAGGCAACGAACCAACAAACGAGCACAGUCAUACAUACGAUUAACCAGCUGACGGCGGGCUGAGCUCAGCUAAAUUGAGCUGAGUAGAACAGCAGAGAAUUUAAUACAAAUGUAGAGGUAUACCGUGAACUGCGGAUAGACGCUGCAAAGCACUUUUGCUUUUAUUUUCAAAUGCUUACAUUUAUUCGCUCGCUGAGCUGUCGCGCUGACAGUAGUAGUUGAUGGUGCGAACGCAGAGAGAAGUUGAUUUUUUGGCUGCUAAAACGUUCGAGUUUUUCUGGUGCACCAUGGAAAACCAAUAGAGUAGAUAAAAAAUUAAAUAAGUCAAUUGGUGCUUUUUGGGUGUUCUCGCACGUUUUCGGUAUUUGCAGGCCGUGACCCGAGAAAUACUUAAAUUAAUUAAAUAAAAAAUAACUGGAAGAAAAGUUUAACAAAAAAAAAAUCACUUAGUGUUCAUUUAAUUGCUUAAAAACAAGAAGAGUAGCUCGCAAAUGCGUGUAUUUAAAUAAACAAAAAAAAAAAAGAAAAAGAAAUACAACUAAUACAAAGCGCUUCAGACGCCAGAGGGCAGACCAAAAAAGCUGGCGCACCAACUGUGAGCAUAAAACACAAACAAAGUGUUUUGUUUAUGUGCAUUUUACAUACAUAUCGAAAAUUGGGCAAUGCAAAGCGAUAAAUUAAACAAAAAAAAAAAUAAAUAACAAAAAAUUUGUGUUCGCAUCAGAAAAGUGUAAAAUGUUAGCAAAUUUAGGGAGGAGGAAUCAAAUAAAAAAUUUUAAACAAAGUGCUGCAAUAAUUUUUUCAAGCAGCGCUGGAGUGUAAGCUGAAAACAGACAAAACAUUUUAUUAUUCAGCACCUAUUAAAAUAUAACAAAAUAGGUAGUGUCAUUAUAAUGUAAUCCAGCGCAUUUAAAGCAACAAGAUACAUUUAGUUUAGCUAACGUCACAAAAAAUUUAAAGAAUUUGCCAAAAAGCUUUUCGCCAAUAUUCCAAAUCACAGAAUCUACUCCAUAUAAAUGCUGCUGAAAACAACACAGCAACUGAAUGGUACAAGUGUUGCGCAGAAAAGUAGCAAUAAUAUUGAAUAAUUUAUACUGCAUGCAAGAACCAUAAAGUGCAAAAUAAAAUUUCCCAACAAUGGCAGAAACCGCUUACUCUCAACUAGCCAGAUAACUAGAAAACGGAGCAGAGGCAUUGGAUCACUCCAAUAAAAAAAGCAGCAGCAGCAGGCAACGAGCAGCACGGCAUUCACAAAACGAUAGAAAAAAACAAACCCAGUUAUAGUAUUUAAGGAAAUAAAUAUUAUUGAAACCCCUGUAAAAUUUUUAAACUUGCCAAGUAGAAAAUUUUCAGUUUUUAAAUGAUGGAUGAAGAAAAAUUAAAUAUACCGUUAGUAACGAAAGAAACAGCCGACAGUGCGGUCAUAGUACCACCACAAGCUGCUGGUGUAGUCGGCAUAAGUGGUGGUGGUGGCGGCAAUGUCAUAGCCACUGCUGCAGUUGCCUAUCAAAAGCAUUGCGCCACACCUACCACCGCCUGCUGCUCAGCAACGGAUGUUGUAACAAAUACAACAAAUACAGCGAUGGUAGCUGCGGUUCCGGUAGUGGAUACAACUACCAAUGUCAAUUUAAAUGUAAAUACUCAGUUAAGCAUAGGAAUGCCACAGCUAACACCGCCAACAACACCGUUACAAUUGCAACAGAAAGAGCAACAACAACAACAACAACCACAACAACAUCAGCAACAACUUACACUACUGCCCUACAGCAACCAGAGCAAUUUGGUUGGUAACCACUUGAAAAAUGGUGCGCUCAGUUACAACUCACAAAGCAAUCUUUGCAAUGGUGGCAUUCCCAGUCAGAAUCAUAUACUCGCAUCGAAAAUAAAAAAUAAUUGCAGUCCAAAUGGCCAGAAGAAGGGCACCGUUACGCUGUCACAUCUGCCACAGCGACCACCUGUCGAUAUUGAAUUCACUGAAAUAUCCUAUUCGGUGUCGGAAGGACGAAGGCGUGGCUUAAAGACUAUACUGAAAAGUGUUUCGGGCAAGUUUCGCAAUGGCGAACUUACUGCCAUUAUGGGACCGUCCGGAGCGGGGAAGAGUACACUUAUGAACAUUUUAGCUGGCUACAAAACAUCCCAGUUGAGCGGUUCGGUUCUGAUUAAUGGCAAAGAGCGCAAUCUGCGUCGCUUCCGCAAACUUUCUUGCUACAUCAUGCAAGACGACAUACUGAUUGCGAAUCUCACGGUACGUGAAGCCAUGAUGAUCUCAGCCAAUCUGAAAUUGGGUAAAGAUAUGAAUUUGGCUGCCAAGAGAGUCGUAGUCGAUGAGAUACUCGAAACAAUUGGUCUGAUGGAAUCCUGCAACACGAAGACCUACAAUCUUUCGGGUGGACAACGUAAACGUCUCUCCAUUGCACUCGAGUUGGUCAACAAUCCGCCAGUGAUGUUCUUUGACGAACCCACAUCCGGUUUGGAUAGUUCAACCUGCUUCCAGCUGAUUUCUUUGCUCAAGUCUUUGGCACGUGGCGGCCGCACUAUCGUUUGCACUAUUCACCAGCCGUCGGCGCGUCUCUUCGAAAAAUUUGAUCACUUGUACAUGCUCGCCGAGGGCCAAUGCAUGUACCAAGGACGCGUGCGAGGUCUGGUGCCAUUUCUCUCGUCGCUCGGCUACGACUGCCCUUCAUAUCACAAUCCGGCCGACUAUGUGCUGGAGGUAGCCUGCGGCGAGUAUGGCGAAGCUGUGCAAAAGCUGGUGGCGGCGGUCAAGGAAGGCAAGUGCAAGAAAUACAGCCAAAAGGACUAUGGAUUGAAUAUGACGGGUGUACGCUGCAUUGCGAAUGAUAUUGCCAAAGGCGAUGGUGCCGAUAAUGGUUGCAAGAAUUUCAAUAGUGCAACAACAACGUCGCUCACAGCGACCACAACACUCACACAUACAGAUGAGAAAUUCCAAAUGGAUGCAUCGGCCAUAGGCUUGGUGGCCAAAUCGGAUUCGAAUGAAUCGACUACAGCCAUGUUACAGUCACAACAAUCACAGCAAUCAGACUGUACCGUUAUCAAUUUAAACAUUCCGAGCAGUAAUAAUGGCAAUGGGAACUCCAGUACUGGACUGACCUACAAUGUUCAUGAAGAUAGUUGCAGUCUGAACUCGAAGGGUGGACAAAAUGCCCUCACGGCCGCCGCCGAGAAAGCUGCAGCCGCCGGUUGCACCACUUCGUUGCUGGAUUCGCACGAGAGUGUCGUUACGCUGCCCAACAGCUCUGGCUUCCCCACCAGCGGCUGGACACAAUUCUGGAUACUGUUGAAGCGUUCCUUUGUGACGAUUAUGCGCGAUCGCAUGUUGACGCAUAUGCGUUUAGCCUCGCACGUUAUUGUGGGCGCCAUCAUUGGCAUGAUUUACUAUGAUGUGGGCAAUGAAGCGUCGAAGGUGAUGAGCAAUGCUGGAUGUAUUUUCUUCACAACACUAUUCACAAUGUUUACAGCGAUGAUGCCGACGAUAUUGACUUUUCCCACUGAGAUGUCGGUGUUUGUGCGGGAGCAUCUAAAUUACUGGUACUCGCUGAAGGCGUUCUACUUUGCUAAGACAAUGGCCGAUCUGCCCUUUCAGAUCUUCUUCUCCAGUGUCUAUGUGAUUGUUGUCUACUAUUUGACCUCGCAACCUAUGGAAUGGAUACGCAUCUCAAUGUUUGUCUUCAUUUGUGUGCUCACAUCGCUGGUGGCGCAAUCGCUGGGCUUGCUCAUUGGCGCCGGCAUGAAUAUCGAAGCGGGUGUUUUCCUCGGACCCGUAACUACAAUACCAACCAUACUAUUCUCAGGCUUCUUUGUUAACUUCGACACCAUACCAGGCUAUCUGCAGUGGGUAACCUACGUCAGUUAUGUGCGCUAUGGAUUUGAGGGCGCCAUGGUAUCAAUAUACGGCAUGGAUCGUGCCAAAUUGGAGUGUCAUGAAAUGUAUUGUCACUUCCGCAGUCCAAAGAAGUUCUUGGAAGAGAUGUCCAUGGAUCAGGCCGAGUACUGGAUUGAUGCGGUAGCCUUGCUGGGUACAUUUAUUGCGCUGCGUAUUAUUGCGUACUUUGUGCUGCGCUGGAAGCUGCAUCUGAUACGCUAAGCAGGGCUGAGGCAGCCAGCCAGCCAGUCAGUAGCUAUAAGACAUACUCUGUAAUUAAUAUAUGUAUGUAAAAUGUAUCUAUGUUUAUGUAUUUGUAAGUAUGUUGUAGAGAGUCUUCAAGAUAGUUCCAAGGGCAUUUCACGCGCCGAUUUCAGUUUAUUUGAAAUCGUACGUUUAAUGUGUGUUUCUAUAAUAAAAUUGAUAUUAUUUAGAGAGUCUUGAAUUUAUAGAAAGCUACAAAGACAUGUUGUGUACAUACAUAUGUAUGUAUGUACAUGUUUAAAAAAAUAUAUAGAAUUUUUACGCAUAUUCAACUUGUAAUUAAAUAUAAAUUACUUACAAGUAAUUUACUUACAUAUAUGUAUAUAUGUAACUUUGUAUUUUAUUAAGAAACCUAUUUGCAAAGGUGCUUUAGUUUUCAUUCUAUUUUACUUUUUGUUAAACCGAGAGACUUUUUUGUAUGGAAAAAUGUUGGUAAAAUUAUUAUAUUAGCGCGUAAAUAGCUUGAAAUAUUAUACACAUCAUAGAAGAAAUUAAACUUUAAAUAAAACAUCAAAAAUAUAAAUACAAAUCGUACAUAACAACCUUA